AAUAAAAAUAGUAUGACCUAUAUAUACGAUCCUAUACGCAUUAAAUAAGGGGGAUACGUGAGUAAUACGCAAAAAAUAUAUAUAUCGGGAGAAAGAAAGAGAGUAUGAUCGGGGGAGGAAGAAGGACGGAAAUGGAUGUGUUGGACUCUGCUAUCGCGGUUACAUGUUCCCCAGCAGGUAGCUAUUAGUAAGCGAUGCUUGAGAGUUUUGGUUUUUAGCCACUAUGAUUGGUUCGGGUUGAAGAUCUUCGAGAAUUGGUUUACAACAUGAAUGAUUUAAGCUUGUGGUUGUGAAAAGUAACUGGUCCCACUGAUUAGACCAAGAUGAUCGAAUCCUCAGAUUCCCAAGUUACAAAAUAUUUUUCAGCAAAUCCUGAUUCUUCAUCUCAAGCCAUCAGUGAAGUUGAUCAGAAGCCUGAUACUGGUAAUAUUGAAGAAGCAGAAUCAUCUCUCCGGGAGAGUAAUUCUUUGAAUUAUGAGGAAGCAAGAGCAUUACUAGGAAGAUAUGAAUAUCAAAAAGGAAACAUAGAAGCUGCUCUUCAUGUGUUUGAAGGGAUAGAUAUGGCUGCAGCUACUCCAAAGAUGAAAAUUAGCCUUAAUGAAUUAAGGAAACCUCAAAGACAUUCAUCUACUUAUGGUGCUCCACCUUUCUCUAUAAACACUGUCGGUUUACUCCUUGAAGCAGCUUAUUUAAAGUCAAAAUCUUUGCAGAAUUUUGGGAGGUAUAAAGAAGCUGCUGAAUCAUGCAAAGUUGUUUUGGAUGUUAUUGAAUCAUCAUUCCCGUUAGGCUUACCUCAAAACCUUGGAACCGAUCAUAAAUUGCAAGAGACUCUAACCAACUCAGUCGGGUUACUUCCUGAGUUAUAUCAACUCGCUGAGUCACACCAGGAAGCAAUCAUAUCAUUCCGAAGAGCCCUACUCCAUCACUGGAACCUCGACAAAGAAACAACAGCAAAAAUUCAAAAACAAUUUGCAAUUUUUCUUCUCUACAGUGGAUCAGAAGAAGCAAACCCUCCUAAUUUCCGUUUCCAAACAGAUGGUUCAUUCAUACCCAAAAACAACAUAGAAGAAGCUAUUCUAAUUUUAAUGAUUCUACUGAGAAAAGUUUGUUUAAAGAAGAUCGAGUGGGACCCGGAUAUUUUAGAUCAUCUUUCUUACGCGUUAUCCAUAUCCGGUGGAUUCGUUUCUUUAGCUAGACAAUUGGAAGAAUUACUUCCGGGGAUAAUUGAAAACAACGAAAGGUGUCUACUUUUAGCCCUAUGUUACUAUGCGCUAAACGAUUGUUUAUCCGCUUUGAAUUUGAUAAAAAUUAUACAAGAAACCGAUGGUCGACAUAUCGUGUUGCCUUUAUUAAUCGCUUCAAAAAUUCAUUCUGAAACCUCAAAUUCCGCAGAAGGAGUAAGGACUUCAAAGAGAGCGAUUCAUUUAUUGAAAGAUAAAUGUGAGGAAAUGAUGGGUGUGGCGUAUUCAUUUUUGGGCGUUUCUCUUUCAGUUUCAUCCCAUUCGAAAUCUGAAUCUGAAUCACUCCAGUGUUUAGAAACAGCAGGUAGGUUGACCAAAAUGGUUGACUCUCAAAUCGUUUAUCUUCUCGGUUUAGAAAGCGCUGAACAAAGAAAGUUGGACGAUGCUUUUGGUUACGCGAAUCGUUUGAUCAAUUUGGAAGGUGGGUCCCACGUCAGAGGGUGGAUGCUAUUGGCGCGAAUUCUAUCAGCUCAAAAACGGUUUAAAGAUGGCGAAAGUGUGAUCAAUGCCGCUUUGGAUCAGACUGUGAAAUGGGAUCAAGGUGAGUUAUUAAGAACUAAAGCCAAGUUACAACUCGCACGGGGUCAAGUGAAACGUGCUAUUCAGACGUAUACUCAGCUACUUGCUGUUCUUCAAGUUCAGUUUAAAAGCUUCGGAUUCUCAAAGAAGAACCAUGAUCGGAAGUUGGAGUUAGAUACGUGGAAUGAUCUUGCUAAGGUGUACAUAAGAUUGUCUCAAUGGCAAGAUGCUGAGGCAUGUUUGAUGAAAUCGAAGGCUAUUAGUAACUAUUCGGCUUCUACACGACAUACCACUGGAUUGUUAUAUGAAGCUCAGGGUCUGAAUAGACAAGCUUUAAAAGCAUAUAAACAUGCGUUAGAUGUGGAUCCUGGUGAUGUGGAGAGUCUUGUUUCCAUGGCGGUGGUGUUGAGGAAGGUCGGUGGCGGGGCUGGAGCGGUGGGGCGGGGCUUUUUGAAUGAAGCUCUACGGGUGGACAGGAUGAAGUCUACAGUUUGGUAUAAUUUGGGGUUGUAUCUUAGAGAUGAGAGUCCGAUGGAAGCCGCUGAUUGUUUUGAGGCUGCUGGUGUAUUAAAAGAAACAGAACCCAUCGAACCCUUCAGAUAA